GACAUAUGAGUGUAAACAUCAGUGCUUACAAUGAAACCGAGAAUAUCUAAUAAAGAGUAGAGAAUCAACGUGGAUGUACUGCAAGGUGUUACCAAAAAUUAAGCGAAAGUGAAGCAGACAUGUGUGGCAUGUGAGCAUCUUUCAGGUCACGUGGAGAAAUAAGAACAAACUAGGCUGCCCUAGAGAUGCUCAUGUAUUGACAAAAGGCCAUAUAAAACUUUACCAAUGCACAUAAUUAUGGACUGCUUGCAUCUAGCCUUCACUGAUUUAUUUCUCACCAAUGAGUAGUCAACAAUUCCAAGUUGAAAAUGCCUUGAUUUGAAAAAAAAAUGCCACAUUGAUGGGAACUUGUAUUUUGGUUCAAUGUCCUUGCCAACAUUUUCUGGUAACCUACUUCUCAACAAGAACAAAUUCUUUUAAAUUCAACUGUUUCAUCUGAAUACUGAAGCCAGAGAUAUAAUGGCUGUACUACGCGUAAGAUUCACCAAAACCCAGAGAGACCGGCUUGCCCAGGUGCUUUGGUUGCUGAAUUGGAUCUCGGUUGUGACGGGUCUCAUUCUGUUCAGUCUGGGCCUUUUCCUGAAAGUGGAGAUCAACAAGAGGAAGGAGCUAAUGGCUAAGCAGGACGUCCAUUCCGUACCAGAUAUGCUGAUUGCAGUAGGGCUCAUCGCUUGUGUGAUCAACUUCGUUGGAGGAAAGAUCUGCUAUGACUGUGUAGACACCAACAAGUUCCUGCGCUGGAAGCUUUUGAUGCUCCCGUAUAUAAUUUGCACAUUCUUCUUCACCCUGUGUGUGCUAGUCGGCGCACUCAUGUGCUACAGCAUGCACGGGGAACUGAAGGAAUCUCUAGCACUAGGCUUACAAAAUGCUAUACGCUACUAUAAAGAUACGGACACACCGGGCCGGUGCUUCCUUAAAAGCACAGUUGACCUCCUGCAGAUCCAGUUCCAGUGUUGCGGAAAUGUAGGCCACCGGGACUGGUUGCAGAUUCAAUGGAUCAGCAACCGCUAUCUGGACAUGUCCAAGCAGGAAGUUAAGGACCGUUUACGAAGUAAUGUGGAAGGAAAGUAUCUGGUUGAUGGUGUACCUUUCAGCUGCUGUAACAUCAACUCACCUCGACCAUGUAUUCAGUAUCAAAUCACCAACAACGCAGCCCAUUUUAACUAUGACUACCAGACAGAAGAGUUAAACCUGUGGAGUAAAGGAUGUCAACAGGCUUUGGUGGAAUAUUUCACUUACAUAAUGCACUCAGUCGGCCUUAUUGUGCUUCUUAUCUGGCUCUUCGAGAUCUCGGUGCUCACUGGUGUCCGGUACUUGCAAACAGCCUUGGAGAACGUACUGCUUCGAGGAGACCCCGAGUCUGAAUCUGAAGGAUGGCUUUUGGAGAACAGCUUUGCGGAGACCGCACGCUACAGUUUCAACAUCAUAAAAAACCUGGGCAAAGGCAAUCAGGUUGAAAAUGGGGACCCCAAUGUAAACAGGCCAACCACAGCACACUAUGGUCCUGAUAACGUACCUCCAAAGCAAACGCCUGAGGACAGUUAACCACAUCUGUUCAGACUUUCUCUAUCAGCUUGAACAGCUUCCAGUAGGUUAUUCAAUCCUAUACAAGUCUUAGGAAAAACUAUACAUAACAUAUUGACCGAGACUCACUUUAAAACAUCUAAUGGGAAACAAAAUGAGUACAAAGCAACUCAUCACUCAAUGCUAUACAAAGUCUUAAAUUCACUGUGACCACACUUCACUCUUAUUGUUUAAAUGCUUUUUAGAAUACAUGCUGAAGCAAAGGAUUUUUUUUUUUUAAAGCUGGGGAUACACUUCACAAAUUUAGCCAGGAUUUUGUAUUUAGCCAGAAUUUAAAAUUCCAAACAAAUGUCCAUCCUAAUCUGCGCCAGACACCACAAGUUGUGGCCAGUUGGAAUAGGAAUCGUUGUGUAUAAGGGGAAGGGAAAGAGAACAGUUUCCUCCCAAUGUGUCAAACUUUUUCAAAGCCGACUCCGAAUGCUGUCGCCCAGUGUAUACAGUGGUUACCGACCCAACCAGGGAAUGCGUCGCAUCAGUAGCUAACAGAGAGACCGGUUUUACUUUUUUUCCCCUUUCUCAGCACAGACGGUGGUGCAUAUUAAAUCUGCUACUGCGUGUCUUGCA